AUGGGUGACCGAGGGGCUGAGCAGGAGGCUGUGGGGGGUGACAGGGGGGCUGAACACGCCGCGCCGACAGAGCUGGAGGAGAUCGUCAGCAGAAUCUCUGAUCUGAACAAAUGGAGAGAAAUCUUUAGUUUCCGUGGCUUGGAAAUCAACAACACAAUUCAUCAGCGAGGCCGGGGCAGAGCUGCCGAUGGACCACCCGGAGCCGGGGAGCCCCCGGGGCCGCAGCCCCCCUCCACCAUCCCGCAGCCCCUCCUGCUCCCUCCGGGCACGGGCCGCCCCCUCUCCCCGGGCACGGCGAUGGGGCUGCAGAAGCUGCUGUUUGGGAACACAACCCCCCUGUUCAGCUGCGAGUGGGCAGCAGCACACUUCGGGUUCCACCAGCCACACUCUGACCUGGCCUACGCGCUGCAGGCAGGAAAGGGGGGAACAAGAGCUGUUCUGAUGGCUGUACAAGCACACAUCAUCACAUACCUGCUCUUCACAAGAGACACGGAAUAUACUCACCUGGACAGGCUGUGCCGGGUCGGGCAGCGGGAGCAGGGGCAGGCACUGGCCGUGGCCCUGGCACAGACCCUGUGGGCAGCAGGAGGAGGUGGCAGAGCCAUCGUCUGCCUCACCACCACGGCUGGCACCGUGAUGCCACACACAGGCUGCAGAGCAGAUGCCUUCAGGGACAGAAUCCGGCUCUUUGAGUUCUCAGAGAAAGCUGCAGCUCAGGAGUUCAUCUCCCACCAUGUAAACUGUUUCAGGUGUGAAGGAAGCCAUGGAGUGAUCCUAUUUUUAUACAGUUUACUUUUCUCUAGGACACUUGAAAGGGUCCAAGAGGAUUUGGGUGACACAGCUCCUCUGCUGAACGUCAGCUCUGGAAAUGUCACCUGCACAGAGGCCCUGCUCAGCCUCCUGCUGACGGGACGGGCGAGCCCCCGGGAGCUCGGCGGUGGGACCGGGGAGGCCCGGGGGCAGCGGGGCCCCGUGGGAUUCCUGCGCUGGGAGCGGGCGGCCGAGAGAGAGGUGAGCCCCGCGCUGCGCACCCCCCUCCUGCCCGUGUGGCUGUGCGGCGUCCCCGGCAGGAUCGGCGUCCUCUUCGGCACCGACCCCCGGCUGCUGUCCCACUGGAGAGCCGAGAGGAUCUUCCACCUGCACUUCUACAGCGGGCGGCAGCAGCAGACCCGGACGGCUCACCUGACCAUAGACACUCACUCGCAUCACUGGGAAGAGGCCCCAAAUGCAGACACCUGCAGCCCAGGGAAGAGGUGCCCAGCCCUGGAGAUGGUGAUCAGGACCAAGUGGGCAGGUGCCACCGUCAGCUGGAAUGGGACAGACCCCUUCUUCUGAGGAGUGAGCAGGAUGGAAUCUGCUCCUGAAGAGUGCUGGCAUCUCCCCUGCGCUGCAACUCCACUGGUCACUGCGGCGUGGAGGACAAAAACACCUCCCCAGAUCAAACAGCCCUUGGUGCUCUGAGGGGACACCCUGUUCAAAGGCAUCAUACCCACUGAGAGAGCGUGUGCAGGGGAGGAACAGUCACCAGCAACACUGCCCCACCACACACCUUUUCCAGGUGGUGGGACGCUGCUUCCCACGGUAGGAAAAGGAAAGAGUCAACCC